GGAGCUACCGGUGGAAGUGGCUGGUGUUCGAGCUCCUCCUCUUCCUCAGCGGACAGCAGCGGCAGCAGGAGGAAGAUGACUUCGUUACGGCCGUUUACCUGCGACGAUCUGUUUAAAUUCAACAACAUAAACCUGGAUCCUCUCACAGAAACUUAUGGGAUCCCGUUCUACCUGCAGUACCUGGCCCACUGGCCCGAGUAUUUCAUCGUGGCUGAAGCGCCGGGCGGAGAGCUGAUGGGCUACAUCAUGGGGAAGGCGGAGGGAUCUGUGGCGCGGGAGGAGUGGCACGGCCACGUCACGGCUCUGUCGGUGGCCCCGGAGUUCAGGCGCCUCGGCCUGGCCGCCAAGCUCAUGGAGAUGCUGGAGGAGAUCUCAGAGAGGAAGGGCGGGUUCUUCGUGGAUCUCUUUGUGAGAGUCUCCAACCAGGUGGCCGUCAACAUGUACAAGCGUUUGGGCUACAGCGUCUACCGCACCGUCAUCGAGUAUUACUCCGCCAGCAACGGGGAGCCGGACGAGGACGCAUACGACAUGAGGAAGGCUCUGUCCAGAGACACGGAGAAGAAGUCCAUCAUCCCGCUGCCGCACCCCGUCCGGCCGGAGGACAUCGAAUAACCCGGCGCCGCGGCUCCCUGACCCCCCGCUGACCCCCGCUGACCUCAGAGAGCCGCUGGAUGUACAAAAUGCUUCAACGUUUAAUUUGCUGUAAAUUCUAAUGAACAUUUGUUUCAGAAA